AUGAAUUCACAACUUAUCCCCGUUCUGAAUUACCAGCAGACAAACCCUACGAAGCUAUUGAGUUUGACUGAGAAACUCUUCCAUGACAAUGUGUUCGAAUUAUAUUUGACUCCGCAACAAUUGAUAGUCUUGGAGUAUUUGAUCUCGUUGAAAGAUCAGGAAAUGAAACUCAAAGUUUGGAAUGAGUUGUUAAAUGGUAAUAUGUGUUUGAAAAUGGAAAUUGUUUCCAUUGCUAAUGAAGAUAAGAAUGAAGACAACGAUGCCGAUGAAUCUGCCCUGGGGGACAAAUCUGACGAUAACGUUGACGUUGAGGCGGAUGAAGAUGGGAAUGAUGACAAAGCCAAUGAGGAUGAGUUAUCACAGUUGGAUUUAGAUGAUUUAAAACAGCAUAUUAGUGGACCUAACUUUGUUGGAAAUUUGUCUCUAAAGUUAAGAUACGUUCUUUGGAAAUGUGCCAUUGAUGCCGCAUAUAACGACACUGAAAGUCUGGGAGUGGAUGAUGACAAGGAUCCAUUAGCAUAUGUGCUUUUAGACGAAGAUAAUGAUGAUGAAAACGGACCAGAUAAUACUAAGAAUUCGAGUCUAGCUGUAGUUGAUUCGUCUUCAGAAUUGCAGAAUAGCAAAGGUCUUCCUAUGCAAGAAGCUGUACAUGAUGAAGAUGAUAAUUAUGAUAUGAACGACGAUGAUGAUUAUGAUUCAGAUAUAACUUCCAAUUCAAUUACCAAUAAUAAUAAUAAUAAUAGUUCAGCUGAUACGAAUCCUGUUAUAUUGGAAGUCAACGAAAACAAUAAAUUGGUCUUGACCAUGCAAAUAUCAAAAGUUACCUUAUUAAAUCUUCGAACAAAUGACGUUGAAAAAAUGAUGGGAAAUUGGGAUCAGAUUUAUCAUAAUUUUGAAAAUGAUAAAGAAACCAUGCUUAAACGACUGAAAUUAAAGGAGAAUGACGAAAUGGUAGAAAGUUCUGAAAAGAAAAGACGCCAUAGUGCCAGUUCCAUUGAUGAGGAUGAAAGUACCACAACUAAGGAUGAAAUUAACUCGGAUUCAAAGAAUGAACCAACAGGUGAUGAUCCUGAUCAUGCUAAGAAGAAAAGCAAAUUCAUUGAUAAUAAGAGACCAAAACAGGAAAAGGUCUCCCUGCCGGUAAAUCUAGGUAUUGCAAACCUAUCUCUAAAACAUUUGUUAUCAACUAUACAGGAAAAUAAAUCGAAAUUGAACAUGACAGACUAUGAACUAAGACAUCUUAUUGUCGACGUUCGGAAAAAUAGAUCAAAAUGGACAUCAGACGAGAGAAUAGGUCAAGAGGAACUUUAUGAAGCAUGCGAAAAAGUUGUCCUAGAAUUAAGAAAUUACACAGAACAUUCAACCCCGUUCCUUAAUAAAGUUAGUAAGAGGGAAGCACCCAACUAUCAUCAAAUCAUUAAGAAAUCUAUGGAUCUUAACACAGUAUUGAAAAAAUUGAAAACGUUCCAAUAUCAAUCUAAGCAAGAAUUUGUGGACGAUAUUAUGCUUAUAUGGAAGAACUGUUUAACAUAUAAUUCAGAUCCAACUCACUUCCUAAGAGCCCAUGCUAUUGCAAUGCAAAAAAAAUCGCUACAAUUAAUACCAAUGAUUCCUGAUAUUACUAUUCGAAACCGUGCGGAUAUUGAAAAAGAAAUGGAAGGAGAUGAUAAAGAUAAAGACGGUGAUGAAGAAGAUGAAGAUGAGGAAGUGGCCGGAUCAGGAAGGAAAGGUUUGAAUAUGGGUGCUCACAUGCCAGCAAGUGGAUCCACUGAUGAAACUGCUGGUAAAGAACCUAUUGUCGAAGAAUUAAAACCAACAUCAGAUUUUCAAAAGGAACCACUAGUUAAGAAGGAAUCAACUGACGCAACCGUGGAGGAAGGUGUGACUGUUCCCCUCUCCAAUAAAGUAUAUGGUCAAAGUUCUAAAGAUGAAGAGGGAAAGGAAGUUGCACAAGAGGAAGAAGAAAUUGAGGAAGAAAAAGAUCAAGCAAAACAGAAUAAAGAGGAGUUUGAUACCAAAGAGGAGGAGGUAGCUAAGGAGGAGGAAGAAGAGGAGGAGGAGGAGGAGGAGGAAGAGGAGCCCACUUCUCCUGCCUUUGUGGUAGAAAGAGAUGACGACAGAGAUGAUAUAGAACUUUCGGUAUGGAAAUCUCUAACAGCAAAGCUACGUGCAGAUAUAUGUUUGAAAAGAUCCGAAUAUUUUAAAAAUAAUGAAUUGAGUAAAGAUUCAGAAGCAUUUUUAAAGGAUCCUCAAAAGAUGAAAACUUUCCACAAUUUAUUAGUUGAAUACAUUGAUCAACGAAAUGCCGAGUUAUAUAGGCAGAAAAUGGAAGAAGAUUCGAUGAUGAAAAACGGUUUUAGUGCCACUGUUAAACAAGAGGAUGCGGAGGAAGAGGAAGCUCAACCACCAAAUUCUGACUUAAUUGACAAUAAAACCCUUUUGAACAAGAACCUUAAUGAUUUUGAACUUGAUAAUGCUUCAUUUUUACAAGAGUAUGAUGUUAACAACUCUAUUCCAGAACUAAAGUACGGAGGUGUCGCUAAGGAUAUUGUUGAUAGACAAGAGAAUGCCACGGUUAGGGUGCUUCUUGAAUUGGAGAAUCAAAAGCCCAGCGCCUUAUUAACCAAUAGAACGAAGGGAUACACUCCGAAGUUAAAUAAGAAUAUUUCUUUGAUUCAAGAAAUUAGACACAUAUGUCACAAGAUAUCGUUAAUUCGAUUGUUACAAAACCCAGCGUUCCUUCAAAAUUCAAAAAAUGCAAACAACCCUAACUCUUUCCUUAAUUCACAUCAAUAUAAAUAUUCCUCCAUUGAUGACUCAAUUGAUUUGGAUCCUAUAUCUCAGCUGCCGACACAUGACUACAGGAGUAAUAAAAAAGUAAUGUGGGAAGCCUUGUAUAAGAAUGUCGCAAAAAUAGCAAUGACGAAUGGGUUUGAAAGUACGCAACCAUCAGCAGUCAAUAUGCUCACCGAGAUUGCAGGAAAUUAUAUAUCGAAUCUGAUCAAGACAGUUAAGUUGCAUAAUGAGACAAACUCACUUAAUCGAAGCAAUGCUAAUGAAAUAUUGCACAUGUCCCUUUUGGAAAAUGGUAUUAAUAAACCAGAUGAUCUUUACACUUACGUUGAAUCAGAAUUUGAAAAAAAGACAAGAAAACUGACUGACCUUAAGGCUAAAUUAGAAAACUUUUUGAAGGAUUUAUUGAGACCUUCAUUACAAGAGUUGUCUGAACGGAAUUUCGAAGAUGAAAGUCAAAGUUUCUUAACUGGUGAUUUUGCAAAUGAACUUACAGGUGAGGAUUUCUUCGGUUUCAAGGAACUUGGUUUAGAGAAAGAAUUUGGGGUUUUAAGUUCUUCGGUACCAUUGCAAUUACUGACUUCUCAGUUUCAAGCUACGGGUGAUGUCGCAAAAGUCCAAGAAAAAAAGAUUCAAUCAGAGGAAGUGGAUGGUGUCGUUUAUUCAAAGGUCACUAAUGAAAGUAUAAACAACAUGAGGUCGUGGAGUACCCUCUUGCCACUUUUAGAAAAGGCACAGGAACGUUCCAGAAAUUACACCUCCAAGACAAACAAGGGAGCAGCUAGUGAUACAAACGUGAUGGAAGAAACUGAUAGUUCUAAAUCGUACACUUUGUUGGAAGAUGAUGAAAUGGUAUUCAAGCAAAAAACUGGUAAUAAAAUAAGAUUACCACCUACAGGGAAAAUCAGUACCGCAUACAAGAAAAAACCAUUAGAUGGCGCAUUUAUAGUACCUGAGGAGGAACCCAAAGAGGCUACGCCAAAGAGUGAACCAAUCUCUACUCAAGAACAAGGAACUUUAACGAAUAAUAACUCAGAAAUUUUGCAAAAUUCUUUAAUUUUUGGUACUCCUUUGGAGAAUAAUUUUGGUUUGGAAGAUGACCUUGGAAACAUGGAAAAUACCGGCUCAUUCAAUCUAAGUUUACGUUGA